AUGGCGACAACCUUUGCCAUCCGUCUGAUGAGUGGUGUGGGCUUCCAGGUGGAGCUACCGCAUGGGAAGCCGCUCGCAAAGGAGGUCAAGAUGGCCAUCAAAGAUGCCAAAGGCAUCAACGUGUAUGACCAGCGAUUGGUCCUGGAUGGACAAGAGCUGCCUAACUUCAGCGAGGUCGAAACAGACCAGGAGAUCUUGCUGAUUAUUGGAGCCACAAAUGUCAAGGAGAUUGUAAUGGAUUACCUGCGCAACCGCGGUGCGGUGCCAGAAGGUGAGGACUAUUACCAUGCCGAUCCAGCACUUCAUCAGCCUGGUUUGACAGGUGAAAAGCUGGUGAAGGAGUGUACGGCGGCUGCCAAUGGCUUCUUCCCUUUCCCAGGAAGUGUAGCUUUGGCAGAAGCAGAGUGCACCACGGAGACGAAGAAAUGGCUGGAAAGUUUCCAGUCCGAGGACUUUGUGCGGCAAUACCUCGAUGACCUUCGUGAGGUGUCCUGGGCUGUGCAAGCUUCGCGAAACCGCGCAAAGCAAAGCCAAGAUCCGUACGACCGCGACAUCCUUGACCUCCGGAGUGGAGAAAUCCCCUGCCAGGCCAUGCUGGACUAUCGGGAGCGCUCUUGGAGCCGUUUGAGCGUCGAAGAUGCUGUAGAGGUCAAUCGGAAGCGUGACAGCUUUGUGCAAGAUCGCUUUGAGCGUGAUGUCCUUGAUAGGUGGGAGCGGCCUGAGGGUGGCCUUGAAGCAAUGCGCGCCUAUGCUUCUGCAUGUGGGGCCUCCGGCGGCCAGGAUACCUGCCGCGGCUGGGUGGAGCUGCUACCUGCCCAUCAGGAUAAGCAGUCCACGGGAGUCGCGCGCCAAGUCAUCGUAGUCGAUGGCUGCGAGUGCCCUGCGUUCAUUGGACUCGUGGAUGUUGCAGGGCAGGGGCUUGCUUGGCCAGAGCUGCGCGAGCUCCCCUUGCCUGGAUCUGCCACUGCUAGCGAUUGGCUGCCAGCUUUCGCCGGUCUGAAAGUCUCCGUGCGGGACCAGCCAGUGAUACUGAUCGAGCCGAUGCAUUCAAAGCGGGCCUGGCGAAAUGAAGUUUGCGAAUCCUUGAUGUCGGCAGGCAUUCCUGCCAUCGGAUUCAUCCCGGCAGCUGUGGCGGCGUGUCAGAUUCACUUCAUGAUGACAAAUCCCAUACGGACGAUGAUCGUCGUCGACGUUGGUGCUGCGCACAUUUCUGUAACACCAGUGUACGAGGGCUACCUCCUGGUGCCGGCAAUCUGUGCAGAGGAACAUCGGGCCAUGGAUCUCGAGGAGGCGAGUAAGGUUUCUGCGGCCAUUGAAGCUUCCCUGGUCCUUUGUCCUGUGGACACCCACAGGAGUCUGCGGAGGUGCGUGCGUCUCAUAGGGAGGAGGAGCUCUGAAGCCUUGGCUCACCGUCUCAUGAGCCUCCCAGGAGACUUGUCAGUGACAGCUAGCGGACCAGAUGCUGCGUGGAAGGGCGCAACCAAGGUCUGCGCGCACCCGCAGCUGCAUCGGUUGCUGACUACCAGGGAAGAGUAUUUGGAGCAUGGCCCUUCUGCAGUUCAUCGGAAGUGCUUUUGA